CAUAAAUGCGCUCCCACCGCCGACCGAAGCAGAUAAUCCCAGGCCACUGCGAGAGGGACACACCUUCGCUGAUUUUUCCACAGUUUACACGGGGAUGCGUUUCGAUUCACGAAAAGGUGUCAUCAGUCCAAGAUUUUGAGUCGUGUUUUCAGCUUUUUUUUGCGCAUAGGUUACGAGGCUGCUCCACUCCAACUCGAAGAUGACUGGGGUUUUUGAGAACUUAAAUACUGAUAUGCAUUCAAACCAGAUUACCUCAAGCAGUUACCACAGCUUGCACAAAUCGCAGGAGUCUCCGACUCUGCCGGUGUCCACGGCGACGGACAGCAGCUAUUACAACAGCCAACAGCCUGGCCAUUGCGCAGGGUCUCCAUUUGGCCAACUCGGCUCUUACCAGUACCACGGUAACGCCACGAGCACUGUGCCAUAUAACACCAAGUCCUACGACCUUGGUUUCAACUCAUCUUAUGGUGCAUACAGCUCCUUCGGCUCCAACUCCUCUCCUACUCCAGCCGAUACAGAGAAAGAAGAGCGCGAGCCAGAAAUCCGGAUGGUAAAUGGAAAACCAAAGAAGGUCAGGAAACCUCGGACCAUUUAUUCCAGCUUUCAACUGGCCGCACUUCAACGGAGGUUUCAAAAGACGCAAUAUCUGGCUCUACCGGAGCGGGCCGAGCUGGCAGCCUCGAUGGGCCUCACGCAGACACAGGUGAAAAUCUGGUUCCAAAACCGCCGCUCCAAGUUCAAGAAGUUGUGGAAAAGUGGAGAAAUCCCCCCAGAGCAACAUGUUGCUUCCAGUGAAUCUCCGCCCUGCACGUCCCCACCAGCUAUUGCUUGGGACUUUCCACAGACUCAAAGAAUGAGCAGUGUCAACUCUAGUUUACCUCCGAGUAGCAGCCCUCCCAACACGACUGCGUUUUUGGCAAACUACUCCUGGUACUCUACCACGAACUCUACGACGCAUCUGCAGCCUCUGAUCCAGCACCACCACAACACCGCCAUAAGCGCUGGGACGAUAUUCUAAAACAAACGACAACAAAACAUCGGGUUUAAAUCGGAAAAUACUGGUGAAAAAAAGAAAAAUGCCAAUACCUUCACGUUACAGACCUCGUGUGUGCCAUGCGAAGUUGCAAGCAUAUAGAAGUUAAUGGAGCCAGACAGGCUCGUGGACCUUGCCCGUUUUCGCGCUGGCAAAUUGUAGUCACAGAUUUCUACAGUUAUUUUUGUAUUUAUUUAUUUUGUUUAUGUGGAGGGAUGAAUGAACCACUAUUACCCAAAGCAAUCACAGCCGGGCGCGAGCCUACUUUUACGCGGACGUCACUUUGUUGCCAUUUCUGCAAAAAAAAAACAAAAAAACAUUCAUCGCAGGACAACCUGUCACAAAUGUAGCACACGUUAACUGUAUCGUGCCUUUUUCAAUAUGACCUCAUUUUGUUGUGCGAUAAAACAGCGUAGGCUACCUUCAUUCAUUUCUUAUGCCAUUAGGCUAGUUGAUUUGAAUAUAAGCCUAAGUUUCUGAAUCUACGUUUGUAAAUAUUUUACCACAGCUUUUCUGAUAGACCAUGUCACUCUUUUUUUUUGACUAUUGCUGCAAAUUAACCACCAUUAACCACCGUAAGCUACUGAUUGUCCUACCCUCUGAUUUACUUGUAUCACACUUAAUUGUAUUUUUGUCUUAUUUAUUUUAGCAGUGUUCCAUAUAUGACCAGACGUUAUUUAAAUAAAAAUGUUUUCUGUGAACAU